AUGGACGUGGAUGGAGAAGCCUAUCACGUUGGAAAAGCCUACAGAGAAGCGUUCUACACCGCGGCGUGUUGGCUACACCAACACCACCCCAAAACCCUAGCGUCCAACAUCACACCCACGUUUACCCUGUCGUUCGGGUGCUUUAGUGACACCGUCCGGAUUCUGCACCUGCUUCUAGAAGGCCAAGAUCCUGAAUUAUCAGUUUUAAGGUACGCGGACUAUCAAUUUUUGCACGACCGGAUUUUGGAUCUUUUUAUGCAGCACCUGAAGUCUGAUAUUGAAAAUUUGAAGCAAUCUGAUACUAAUGAUGGUGGCCGCCGCACGUCCAUAAGCGAGGCUGCGUUAAGUUGCAAUUCCGAUUGUGAACUGUACGCCCAGGCCUAUAGCACCACGAAGAUGCGUGAAAGCAUUGCAAAGAAGUUUUUCCCACGAGCGGAAUGCCAAGGUGAUGCUGCGGAGGCAGAUUAUGUCGACAUGGUCCUACAACGCCUCACGAAUGAGGUUUUGAUGCCCUUAGACAAGGCCUUCUAUGACCCCAGAAAUGAUCCGCCAGUAGAAGAAGAAGAGGAUAGAAGCCGUGUGGUUCACAAGUAUUUGGAGGAGGUGAAAUCUGGCAAGACGAAGAUCGUGGCAGAUGCUUUGCUGCCACAUGAGAUCAUACGCAAUAUACAUCACUGGAAUGUUGGGGUAGUGGCUGAGCUUCAGUGGAUAGCAAUGGUGGAGGACUUCAAAAAGCAAGGCAAGAUGAACAACUGCUUGGCUGUAUGUGACAUCAUCAACUUGACAUUAAAGGACGAGGUCCCCAUUGCUUUGGGACUUUUGGUGUCUGAAUUGAGUGAAGAGCCAUGGAAAGGGAAAGUGGUCAGUCACGGUUCUUGCCCUGAGAUGCAUUUGAUAUCAGGCAAGGACGUUAGGUACGGGUGCGAAUUCGUUAGGAGGUUAUUGAAUCCGAUCAACCCGUAUCGUGAUUUUGGCAGUCUGUUUGAUUUGAUUUUGGAAGUGGCUGUGAAUGAGAAUUUGAAGCCGGAGCAAAUGGUUCGGAAGGUUUUUGUGUUCAGUCACCGAGACUAUGAUUAUAAGAUUGGUGAUGAAAAACUAGUUGUCAGUGAUUAG